AUGGCCAGCUUGCAACAAAGGCCAUCAUCAUCUUUGUUGCAACUACCUCCAGAAAUCAUUACGCAAAUAUUCUACUACGUACAAGAGGCUCCGGAUGUGUACCGUUUGGCUCUCUCAUCCAAACUAUUAUUUUCAAUUUUCCAGUAUGAAAUGUCGUAUCAUCUUGAUUCCAUUCGUUUGGAAUAUCUCAAUAAUCCAUCGUUGAGAAAUAAUACCAAUCAAACGAGUUGUACUUCUACACCAUUCCGAGCCACACGACAAAACCGAUUAAUUGAAUUGUUUUCUCGGAAUGAUCCUUCAUGUCCCAGCGAGAAGGUCAUGAUGUCGUAUGAUCACUAUUUUGAAAAGAGAAAUCUCAUGUACAAGAAGGCGUAUAUGGACAAAUUGCCAGACCUUCCCGAUACGAUUGAGGAUAAGGAACGCUUGACCUCAGACAUGUUGGAUGUACCUUUGGCCAUCACUCCAUUUGAACACGAAGAAGAUCAUCAUGAAGACGAUGAAGAACACAAUGAUGAGGACGAGGAGGAUGAACGACCAUUUCUUAAAUCUAGAAAGAAGCCCAAUAUGGACAACCUAUAUAACAUGACUUUACGAUCAUUCCAGAAUCGAAUGCAAAAGAUUCUACUCAAGAAUCCAUUAGCUCGAAUUGCUCUUCAAUGUCUUUUCGAUUUCAAUCAAUCUCAUGCAACAUCGAAUAAGACCAGAUUCAUCGUUGCUGGAGGUUUUAUUUUACAUGUACUCACUGACUGUGGAUCCUGUGAUAUUGACAUUUUUUGUAUCAACAAUGGUGAAAAUGAGGUCACUGUUGAUAAUGCUCUCAAAGGAGUUUUGAUUGAGAUGGAAAAGAGAUUUAGAAAGGAGAAGAUUGAUUAUCGUCUUUUGAAGACCAAUGGAACACUGAAUUUGUUACCAAAAACAAACGGCAACAGAGAUAUGAACCAUAGAUAUCCCGAUGCUCGAGCAAAAGAAAGUAAGCUAGCGGUGCAAUUCGUGUUAAGAAAGGUCCAAACUAUUGAAGAGUUGAUGUGCUUCUUUGAUAUUGACUGCUGCAGAUUUUGCUACGAUGGCCAGCAAGUGUUCACAAUUUUGGAGGGUUUGAGAGCAUUAAGGCAUCGAUUGAACUUUGUCUCUCGAGAACACAUUCAAUCAGGAAUGUACAUGGACAGAGCUGUCAAAUAUUUCAGGAGAGGAUUUGGUACUUUGUGUGUCGAUUUUAAACAUCCAUUACAACACAAUCUUCAUAUUCAACCUUUUAUUAAUUGGCUUCGAAAUUUCGUAAUUGAAAAUUUUAAUGAGGACGAGGAACCAAACUAUGACCACGAAUUAAUGGCUGAUGAGAUGUGGAACGGUUUUGGCACACUUGCUCCAUACAUGUUCUUCUUUCACAACUUUACAGACAUCAGAGAUUUGGAUGAGGUCAACUAUUAUGCUGUUGUUUUGAAAAGCUUAGAUUACUGGCUGGUUGAGUGCGUUUUGCAGAAUGGUCUUAAAAAUUCGUUGGAUUACUUUCUUGAAAAUGGCGACUACUCUGACGGAAGAUGGACUGCCAACUUUAAGCACAUUCAAGUUACUCCUUUAAAUUACCAGGAUGCAGUUGUUGAUGGUAUCAUUCGGCAUAUCCAAGAGGAAGAUGUUCACUAUUUUUGUAGAAAUAUUCCUGAUUUAUUUUCCAAACAUUGCGCAUUGUUUAUUACAGAGGGAUAUUUAGAUUCACACCUUGCCCAAAAGUAUCAUUUCUACAAGUGCUACCUAUGUGGCAAGUACUCUCACAACGGAGAUAACGUUCACUUUUGCAGAGAUUGUCACAAGUUUAAUGAAGAGAACAAAUUACAGAUCAUGAACAAAACUCAUCUUCAAGGUAAAGUUGCUAUUGUGACAGGAGGACGGAUCAAGAUUGGAUACGAGACAAGCAAAAUGUUGUUAGAGAAGGGAGCAACCACUAUUGUGACCACUCGUUUUCCACACAAUGCUUUAAAGAAAUUUCAGGCAGAGACUAAUUAUUCGAAAUGGAAAGAUAAUUUGAUCAUUUAUCCUCUUAAUCUCAAAGAUGGUAAAUCCAUUUUGAAUUUUACCGAGUUUGUAAAAUCUAAAUUUUCACGCAUUGAUAUUAUUAUCAACAAUGCAGCUCAAACAGUAAGAAGACCUGUCACCUAUUACAAGCCACUUGUUGAAAUUGAGAAGCAACAUGUCGAUCAACCUUUGCCGUUAUCAACAGCAACUACUGACAAGAAGAACGAUAGCACUUCUACAGUAACUGAGCUACAACAAUUGACCACUAAUUUGGUGAACGACACACUAAGAAUUACUCUUGAAGAACGUCUUCCUGAGGACAUUGAGUAUAAACCCAUGAUGCAAGACAAGGAUAAGUGGGGAGAACCAGAAGACACUCGUACUCUCAAUUCAUGGAAUUUGAAAUUGCCAGAGAUUAGCAAUGUCGAAAUUUUGGAAUGUCAAAUGAUUAACAAUAUCGCACCAACAAUAUUGAUUUCUCAAUUGACCGAUGUGUUGAAACCAAAAUUUACCAAUGACACCGAUUUCGAUUUUAAUGACCCUCUUACCAUGUAUUCCUUCAUCAUCAAUGUCACUUCUCAUGAAGGUCAAUUUUCAGCAACUGGCAAAACAGAUUGUCACAUUCAUACAAACAUGUCCAAAGCCUCCCUUAAUAUGUUGACACGUUCAGGUGCAAAUUAUUAUGCGAAAAUGGGUAUCCUUAUGAACAGUGUGGACACUGGUUGGGUUUCCUCUGCUGUUGCAACAUUCAAGGAACCACCCUUGACAACACAAGAUGCUGCAUGUAGAAUUUUACAUCCCAUUCUUUCAGGAACAUUUGAAUAUGGAAAACUUUUUAAGGAUUAUCGUGUGGUAGAUUGGUAA